AAUGCCAAAUCAUCCGACCCUAUUAAUUUCUAUGGAAUAACGUAUUAUCCAAGCAUAGAAAAAUACGUGGUGGUUAUAGAAUAUUUCGAAUAUGGAGAUCUUAGAGAUUAUUUAAAAUCCAAUUUUAGCGACUUGGAAUGGAAAUCAAAGCUCUAUUUACUUGAUUCCAUUGCUCGUGGUCUGUCAAAAUUACAUUAUUUUGAAAAAUCAAUUCACAAAGACUUUCAUACCGGUAAUAUUUUACAGACGAGACAAAUAGAUAAUGAAGGUAAUGAGAUUAUAAGAUCAAAAAUUUAUAAACCUAUAAUUUCAAAAGAAUCAAAGGAAGAAAUAUGCAAAGGCGUUCGACCAGAAUGUCCAGAAGGAACACCUGAAUGUUAUGUACAAUUGGUAAACGAAUGUUUGGAUACAGAUCCUGAAAAACGUCCAACCAUGGAUGUGAUUGAACGUGAUAUUGCAUACUGGAAAGAUAUUUGUAAUGGGAAUAUUGAAGAAUUAAGUGAUGAAGAAUUAGAGAUUCGAAAAGCUUUUGAAGCAGCAGAUAAACAGAUUCCAGAUAUUGCAACAAAUGCUUAUACAAACGUUCAUCCAAAGACAGCAUGGAAGAGUCAAUAUUUGAAAUUACCAAAGCUUCCAGUUGAAAGUGAAGAAACUCAAGAAAAUCACGAAGCUCAUCAUGCUGUAGAGACUAUAGAGACAGUACAGGAUUCAAA